AUGGGAGAAGAACAGGGUGGUUUUUGGACCCUUUUAGAGGCUGCAGCAAAGCCAGAGCAGAAGCCAGGAAAGGAAGACUCCGGUGGCUCUGAAGCAGCCAGAGGUCCCGGUCUCCUAGAGGCUGGAAGCAAGAGGCGAUUCUGGAAAAGAACUCUGCAGAAAUCUCCAGGAGAGGACACCCCCAGCUCUGAUGGCUCGCGCCAGAAUUUCAGGCAGUUCCGUUACUGGGAGGCAAAGGGACCCCGAGAGGUUUGCAGCUGCCUCCACGACCUUUGCUGUCGGUGGCUGAAGCCAGAACAGCUCACCAAGAAUCAGAUCCUGGACCUGGUGAUCCUGGAGCAGUUCCUGGCCAUCCUGCCCUCAGAGAUGGAGAGCUGGGUCAGAGAAUGCUGGCCGGAGACCAGUUCCCAGGCGGUGGCCCUGGCAGAAGGCUUCCUCCUCAGCCAGGCAGAGGACAAGAAUCCAGAAGAGCAGGUGCAGGGAACGUUAACCGGCAUAGCCGCAGAUUUCUCGGCGGUGGAAGAGGCUCCAUCAGGCACUGGAGAGAGGCUGCUGACGGCUCAGGAAGGUGACCAAAAUGCCACCUGGACAACUGUGAACACCAGUGGCAUAGUGCAAAUCACUAACAGUGCAAUCCUAAGAACACUUUCCUGGGAGUAA